GAGCGGGCGAGCGCGAGGGAGCGCGCGGCGGGCUCCUGGGAGCGUGCCCGGACUGCGGCGCAGCUCCGGUCCGCCGCCCCGGCCCGGCCGAGCCCCCGGCCCGCGCCGCGCUCCUCGGAGGCGGGAGCCCGGCGACACUGCAGGGGUGGCGUUGCCGCCGGCGGCCGGACUAGGCGCAGGUGCGUGCGCGCCGCGGGAGGCGGGCCGGCAGCUGGAGCCCAGCCGGAGCGGCGGCCCCUCCGCGGAGCCCGGUCACAGUCACCGCAGCAGACAUCAUGGCCGUGGAUGUGGCAGAAUACCAUCUGAGCGUCAUCAAGAGCCCCCCUGGCUGGGAGGUGGGUGUCUAUGCUGCAGGGGCCCUGGCCCUGCUGGGAAUCGCGGCUGUGAGCCUGUGGAAGCUCUGGACGUCGGGGAGCUUCCCCAGCCCCUCUCCGUUCCCCAAUUACGACUACAGGUACCUUCAGCAGAAGUACGGCGAGAGCUGCGCAGAGGCCAGAGAGAAGAGAGUGCCUGCGUGGAAUACCCAGCGGGCCAGCACGCGGGGACCACCCAGCCGCAAAGGCAGUCUCAGCAUUGAGGACACCUUUGAGAGCAUCAGUGAACUGGGGCCUCUGGAGCUGAUGGGCCGGGAGUUGGACCUGGCCCCCUAUGGGACCCUCCGGAAGUCCCAGUCGGCCGACUCCCUGAACUCCAUCUCCUCCGUGAGCAACACCUUUGGGCAGGACUUCACACUGGGCCAGGUGGAGGUGAGCAUGGAGUACGACACUGCCUCCCACACGCUGCACGUGGCGCUGAUGCAGGGCAAGGACCUCCUGGAGCGGGAGGAGGCCAGCUUCGAGUCCUGCUUCAUGCGCGUCAGCCUGCUGCCCGACGAGCAGAUCGUGGGCAUUUCUCGGAUCCAGAGAAAUGCCUACUCCAUCUUCUUUGAUGAGAAGUUCUCCAUCCCCCUGGAUCCCACAGCCCUGGAGGAGAAAAGCCUGCGGUUUUCUGUAUUUGGCAUCGAUGAGGAUGAGCGCAACGUCAGCACGGGGGUGGUGGAGCUGAAGCUUUCUGUGCUUGACCUCCCGCUGCAGCCCUUCAGCGGCUGGCUCUAUUUACAGGACCAGAACAAGGCCGCUGAUGCUGUGGGGGAGAUCCUGCUCUCCCUCAGCUACCUCCCCACAGCCGAGCGCCUCACCGUGGUCGUGGUUAAGGCCAAGAACCUCAUCUGGACCAACGACAAGACCACAGCAGACCCCUUCGUCAAGGUAUACCUACUGCAGGAUGGGAGGAAGAUGAGCAAAAAGAAGACAGCCGUGAAGAGGGAUGACCCCAACCCGGUGUUCAACGAAGCCAUGAUCUUCUCGGUGCCAGCCAUUGUGCUCCAGGACCUGUCUCUCCGCGUGACGGUGGCUGAGAGCAGCAGCGACGGCCGUGGGGACAACGUGGGCCAUGUCAUCAUUGGGCCAUCAGCCAGUGGCAUGGGAACCACACAUUGGAACCAGAUGUUGGCCACGCUGCGCAGGCCCGUGUCCAUGUGGCACGCUGUCCAGCGAAACUAGCAACCAGGGCGGGCUAGGUGGGCAAUGGGGCUGCUAGAGCCCGGUACCCACUCAGCUCUGUCUGAUGCCCUCUCCAUAGCCCAGCUGGAGCCGUGAACACUGGGGUCCCCUGGCAGAGUCCUCAUGACCCAUCCUGGUCUCUCUGUCCAGAUUGCAGCAGAGGAGUGGGCGUGGCUCUGUGUCCAGGGCCCCAGGGUCUUCUCCUGCUUAGGACCAGCUGUGGCAGGGCCAGGACAGAGGGAGGGUGCUGGGCACUGGAUGGCUGUGCUGCAACUCAAGCUCACUCAACCCUGCUCCUCCUGGGAGGCCAGCUGCCGAGCCGGGCUAUGUUCUGGAACCCAGCGAAUCUUGGGGGCCAAGCACUGUGCUAGGCACCAACAGGGGUAACACGAAGAAGACCCGGCCCUUAGGACAUCAGGAAGACUAGCUCCCCUGCCCCAGAGGAUCUGCUCAGUGCUGAUGGCAGCCCAGCUGUGUGGACUCAGGGGGCUCUGAGGGCUAGGGAAACAGGAAGGGUCUCUUUGACAAGGUAGGAGCUGCGCUUGGAGGGGCAGGAAAAGAACUGAGCAUGUCGCAGGCAGCGGGCCCAGCCUGAGCAACGGCGGGAUGUGAACUUCCCCAUCGCAAAUGCAGUCCUCAGCCCACUGCAGUGGAUACAAGGAAGGGCCUUUCUUGGGGCCGAAGAAGAGACCAAGAGACCAGGCCCGGGCAGCAGCCUGCCGGCCACGUGGAACACUGGCUCCGGAGUUAUUCUCUGUGAAAUCUACUCCCCGGACCUCAACCAUGGCAAGAACCAGAGGUCCAAAGAGGCCCAGACCCAGGUCCUUGCGCCCAAUCCUGCGCAAACCAGGCCCGGGCCCUGCAAGCAUUUGUUGAUGCCCUUCCAGGCCCACUGGGAGAAAGAUGCCUCAGGCAGGUCUCAGCCCGGGGAGUGGCAGGGUUGGGGCAGAGAGAAUACUGACAGCAGAGGUCUUGGUGGGCUGCAGGUGCCUGCGAAGAUGUGGUGGACAAGGAGGCUCUCGGGCUGGGCCUUGGAGGGGUGGCAGCGGAAGAACAGCCCAGGUGGCUGAGGCCUGAUGGGAAGCCGGGGGAGGCCAGGGUGGAAGGGCGGCUUGAGGGACGCCAGGAGAAAACUGAAUGCCAGGCUAGGAAGGAGGUGGCUCUUGAUCACGGGGGGGUAUCCCCAACCCUGGGUCUCCUAGCUCGAGUUCCCUAGAAGCAAAAUCUGAGAGGGGGAUUCUUGGGCAAGUAGCUUCUUGCGGGUGAGUGUUCUCAGAGAAACUUAUCAGAGCAAGAAGGGGAGCUCAGGCUGGAGGGAGGAAGCCACGCAAGUGUGGCUUCAAGAUUCAUCGCCUUGGCCUGAUCACUGUGGGGGGCAGGGGCCUGGAGUGCGAGGGGCACCCUGGGGGCUCCCACCCAGAAGCAGAGGGGCCGGGCUGUUGCACCUCUACUGGCAUCAGUCUUUGGUUACCCCCCAGCCCCAGUAGGAGGAGAGCAGGCAGAGCUUGUCAUCCCCAGCCUGGUGUCCCGCAGUCCCAGGAAGCCGCUUCUCGCCUUCAUAGCUGAGUGCUGGGAAGGUCUGAGCUCACCCAGGCCAGCAGGUGGGGUAUCAUCUGCUCGGUGGGGCCACCCACAGGUGACAGCAUGGACCCUCAGGCUGGCUGCCCUUGUUCCUUGGUCCAUAACUGGUGAGCUAUGGAGACCCAGGCCAACAAGUUAUCCCCAAUGAUAUGGGGGGAGGAAGGGCUAGAACAAGGGCCCAGGGGACUGGAGGCAGGAUGGUGGCUUUCCCCACCUGACGCAGCCAUGGCCCAGCCCCAAGGCCAGGCUGUGUACCCUGUGGCCACAGCAGGAGGCCAGCCCAGGGCCAGGAGACACAUGGCUGGACAAGGCUUUGCAGCCUGGGAGACCCCGACUCUCUCUAACCCAGUGGCUGUGCAGUGCAGGCCACUGACUCCCCCCCGCCCUCUCCCCUCUCUCCCUCCCCCUAACUGCAUGACGUGUUAACUGUGUGCCCAGGACGGCCGUGGUGGGGACCGGGUAUGCCAACUGGAAUGAUUCUAGAACCAAAAUAAAGCUGGGGCAGGAAGAGGGGGCUUCCAGGGAGCCCUGCUCGGCCCUGAA